UGUCGCAACUUUGCUGCGUCCGUUGUAGUUCAUAACAAACCCGGUGCAGAGAGUUUUUGUGAGGAUAACCGUACCCGCUUUGGUGUCCAGGUUGCCGUACAUUAAAACAUGUUGCUUCAUUCACGUUACUGAUGUGGUACAAACAGCUGGCAUAGUAAACAUGGCUGUGUUGCAGGGAGCUAGGUUAGGUAGCUAUUUUAGCCGGCUAAUACUUCGUUGUAUCUGAGGAAAGAAGCAAGGUGGUGAGAUAGAUACCUGUUUUAAAAGUGAUACUUCUUCAUUUUAACCGAGUUGACUCUAACACUUCUCAAAACUUGAGAAUGAUCAAGACUCUGUCCAAAGAAGUCCAAGCAAAGCUGCGCUCUGGAAUUGCCAUUUUCUCUUUGCAGCAGUGUGUGGAGGAGCUUGUACUGAACAGUAUUGAUGCUGGAGCAACAUGUGUUGCUGUGAAGAUAGACAUAGAAGCCUGCAAAGUCCAGGUGAUAGACAAUGGCUCUGGGAUGGGCCGAGAGGACAUGGAGAAGGUAGGAAUGAGGUACUGCACAAGCAAAUGUGGCUCGCUGGAGGAUUUGGAUAACCUUCGCUUUUACGGGUUCAGAGGGGAGGCAAUUGCGAGCAUCAUCUCCUUUGCAGCCCUAGUGGAAAUAUCUUCCCGGACAAAGAUGUCUGUGAAAACGUUUGUUAAAAUGUUCAGUGAAGGUAAGGGGUUGGACGUUUUUGAGGCACAGGAUACUCGUCCGUCUGCAGGCACUACAGUGCUUAUCUGCGACUUCUUUUACAACAUGCCGGUCAGGAGAAAGAGGAUGGACUCUGUUCUGGAGAUUGAGCGCCUUCGUCAGAGGGUGGAGGCCAUAUCCCUGAUGAAUCCAUCUGUGUCGUUCACUGUGAAAAAGGACUGCACUGGUACCAUGCUGGUACAGCUUCCCAAAGCUAGGAACACCUAUUACAGGUUUGUUCAAAUCCACGGUUUGGCGAGGGCUCAAAAGCUUGGAGAGGUGAAUUACACUUAUAAACAAUUUCAAAUUACCGGGCACAUUGGACGCGAAGGCCACUACAACAACAGCUUACAGUUCCUCUUCGUAAACAGCAGACUGCUUCUGAAAACGCGCUUUCACAAACUACUCAAUUGCCUUCUUAGGAAAUUAAGUAGUUCAAAUGUUUCCAACAACAGUCCAAAUGCAUCUCCUAUUAUCUCAAGUCCUAAACAAAGGGGUGGGACUGAUUUACAUGGAGUGUAUGUCCUCAACAUCAAGUGCCACCAUUCUGAGUAUGAUGUAUGCCUGGAGCCAGCAAAGAGUCUCAUAGAGUUCAAAGACUGGGAUAGUGUCCUCAUCUGCAUUGAGGAAGGUGUAAAAUCGUUCCUCACAAAGGAAAACUUGGUAUCAGAACUUUCGGUGAAUGACGUCCAAAACUUUGAGAGUCUCUUUUGUGGUCAAACAAGCAGUCUGGGCACAAAUGCAAAGACUCAAACUUCUCACAGAAACUCUGAAGAUGACUUGAAAGAGACAGGACUUUCUAGCUCAACAAGGGAAACAGACACUAAUCAAGAAGACAUUGUCGAAGAUCAUGAGGUCCAGAGUUUUGAACAGGCCUGCUCAAAUACAGAAUUUAAGGCAAGUUCAGAUAUAGAGCCAGAAAGUGAAAUUCAGAACUGUGACAUCGACAAGCCUUUGCAGUCCAAUUUAGUUUCUGUGCCACAGAUUGACAAUUGUGAAGACCAGAAUAUGCUUGAAGAUGAUCAGAAUACACAGGGCCUUGAUUUGAUUAACAGUGACUUGCCACUGAGUGUGAACAAUAAUAAAAUGACACAUUGUGAAAAUACCAGAAUUACUAUGAUUGAUCAUAAAGAAGCCCAGGAUAGUUUGAGGAGAUUCACUGAACAAAACUUUCACUGUGUACCAAAGAGGAAAUUCUCGUUACUCCAUGCUCAGAGUCACAUAGGUGAAAGUGGUGGUGGGCCAAAGAUUGCUAAGGUCAUACCAUGUCGCAAAUUAACACUGUCUUUUGAAACCGGGUCACUCGACAAGUUUAAAAGGUUGUAUGGCAAGGGAGCUGAAACAAAACGGCAAGCCACGGACGCACAAAUCACUGAUGGUGCACAUUCAUCAGUUUCUAAACCUUUAGAAUGUUCUGCGUUGCCUACUUUGCAAGCAAGUAGCAGUUCACUUAGCCUUGGGGUUGAGCAAGAAGAAGACAUUAAUGCAGACAACUCUUUGUUGAAAGACAGUUCACUUACACUUUCUGCUUACACCAAACUCAAAUGUUCUACAUCAGUGAGCAUGAGGAGUAGAAUAUCAUUGGCUGCGAAGCUCUCUCACUUAAAAUGCGACAAGGUACAGAGCAAGAAACUGUCUGAAGGUAACCUCAAAGAUACCAAAAAUGAAGAGACCCCCAUGAUUGAAACGUUUCCUAGCUCUAUAACGCAAGAUGUAGACUCUGUGGACAAGGUUUCUCAUUGGGAUAUGUUCAAGAGCAGUGAUGGUUCUUCAAAACAUAGUGUGACUGUCCAGAACUCUGGAACAAAUGAUUCCUUUGAAGAUGGCCAUCCAGAUGAACCCACGUUCACUGCUCCCCAUGGACAUGACCCAUCAACACCCACCGCCACCUCCACAAAUGGAGACACUCAGCUCACUUCUAAAAUGACCUCCCCUGAGCCAGCUAUCCCCUCAGGUCAAAUAAUUAACCCUGCAUCACAACAUAACCUUGUGCCCUCCAAAACAGGAAAUGUGGACCAGGCUCCAGAUGAAGGACAAGGCCAUGAGAGUGAUGGGUUGGUCCCAGUAUCAAAUGACUGGCUGACACAUUACGAUGAUUCAUUGGGAAAGCUGGUCUACAUCAAUCAAGCGACGGGGCUCAGUAAAUAUGAUGCUCCUUCAUUGGAGUCGACGCCAGUGCCCUGCACCACAGAUGUCACCAAUAUGGCAGUCAGUGUUGUUUCCAAAACAGGGUUUGAGUACAGGUGCUAUCCUUUUCAGACAGACAUUGUACUGCCCUUUCUCCCCAAACCUAGAGCAGAAAGAACCCUUAGUUCAAACACAGAUGACAGAGAUGAAGGUCCUGGUUCGUUGUCAGCUCUUUUCUCCGAGUGGAACAACCCAGUGUUUGUACGACCCCCUCAGGUUGCUGUGGAUGUGACCAGUGGUCAAGCAGAAGGCCUUGCUGUGAAAAUCCAUAACAUUCUCUUCCCUUACCGCUUCACUAAAGAUAUGAUCCACUCAAUGAAGGUUAUUCAUCAAGUAGACAAGAAAUUUCUUGCCUGUCUCUUAAACACAACAGGCCAGAAUACUACUGAAACAACGGAAAGUGGAGGAAACCUUCUGGUGCUGGUCGAUCAACAUGCUGCACAUGAGAGAGUCCGUCUGGAGGGGCUUCUAACAGAGUCCUAUGAGGAUGACCCUGACACACCGGGUAAAAAGAGACUCUGUUCAUCCAGUGUGAGUCCUCCCCUGGAGAUCACUGUGACAGAGGAGGAGAUGAGGCUCUUGAGGUUGUAUCAGCCUCUUCUAAGAGAUCUGGCUCUAGAAGUGAGCUUUCCACAGACAGAGGAGUCACAUGUACUACUAGAGCGACUCCCCACAUGUUUCAUAGAGAAGGAGAGCACGGAGCUGCGGCGUGGCAGACGCACCGUCAUUAAAUCUAUUGCAGAGGAAUACUUGCGAGAGCACAUUGAGUUUCUGCACUCGGCAGGAAGAGUUAGAAGUACUCUUCCUCUAACAGUCCACAAUGUUCUUGCUUCACAAGCCUGUCAUGGAGCAAUUAAAUUCAAUGAUCUUUUGAGUAAAGAAGAGUGCCGCAGCCUGGUGGGAUCCCUCGCAUCCUGUCAGCUGCCCUUUCAGUGUGCUCACGGAAGGCCCUCCAUCGUCCCACUAGUUAAUCUUCUCCAUUUAGAUAACGAACAGGACCUCCCCAAACCAAAUCUCAGGAAGUUAAGAAGAAUGUACAAGGCAUGGCAACUUUAUGGAAAGAAUUAACUUAUGCAGAACAUGAAUUUCAGAAAUGAACCUCUGGCGUUGCAAUUUUACAUUAAAUAAUUUAUUUUCAUAUA